AUGAAGCAUUCUGCCAUCCAUCUACUCUGGCUCGCCGGAGCUCAGGCUCUGACUGUGCCUCCCGCUGUUACCCUGACCGUCGAUCCGCUGCCUAGCGACUAUCUGACCUCAUACGCCAAGGAUGAUAUCAUCCCGACUGAUGAGACGGUCACGGUCAAGGCCACUGUUAUUCCAACCGGUACGGCGCUGUUGCUGCCAACACUAUCAGAUGUCGAACCCCACACGACUGGUAUCAUCGACCCCGUCGUGGAGUCUCUGACCAAAGGACUGCUCUUGACCACUCCUAUUCCUUCACCCACAUCGCUGUUGCAGCCAGUGGCGUCGCCAACAUUGAAGAAGAGACAAGCAAGGCCACCGACUCAACAACUCGAACAAAGGGCUGGUGGUGACAUUUUUGCCGUACCAGUAGCAACAAGUGCUCCACCAUCAUCCAUCAUCCGGCGGACGGAUCAUCCGGCGCCACGCCUGGGAGUUCGCAAGUCAGGCCCCAUCCAAACUAACAAGUUCUACUCCAACUUCUUCCUCGGUGACCAGACCGGCCCGACCUACACGUUUCCCUACUCGAUCGCUUGGUCAAGGGGCCAGGGCCCGGCAGCGAGCUGGGGCAUUGCUAUAUCUCACACCGAGCCGAAACAGCGUGUAUUCGGUCCUAUCGAAUACAACAAGGCCAAUGCGUACUACAUCAACCCGGUUGGCAUCCAGUCGAUGAUUCUCUCGGCCAAGGAGCUCGGUAAGGACACUAUUCUCGCUAUGGACCAGACGACCGCGUUUUCCGCUCGCGUUGGACUCAAAAGGAACGCGGCGUCCGCUCCUUCCAUCAUCUUGCCUCUCAUUCAGGGCAUGGCAUUUGUCACUGGCCAGUUUUCAGGCGGUACCCCCAUGAUUCAGUCGGGUGUCUACAUCCGUAGCAUGGUACGGGUAGCCACAAACCCCAAGACCAACGUGGUCAAGUACAAUUUCCUCCUCGAAGACGGCACUACCUGGCGUGUUUACGGCCACAGCACUUCAGGGGCUGCGCUCGAUCUUCAGGUAAUCAACAACGGCCUGGUCCAGAGCAGGAACCCCUUUUACGGUACCGUUCAGAUCGCCAAGGACCCGAAGACAACGGGCUCAGAGAAGGUGCUGGACGAUGGUGCAGGUAUCUACGCGACUGGUAUCACCCUGACCGGCUCGGCCUCCGGCACGGUUGGAACGUACUCUUUCAAAUUCGCCAAGACUGGUCAUCCCAAAGGCAACAUCUACACUUACGCCCUGCCCCACCACGUUGCUUCUUUCAAUGCCGAUACUACAAGACGUAUUUCGGCACUCAAGCUCCAGACACCGACAAAGGGAGUCGGCGUCGCGAUUCUUGGUUCUGUCUGGACAAUGACCGAGUCCAAUCUUCCCACCGGCAUGAGUUUUUCUCCAUGGGAUAUCACCAGAGGGGGACGUCUUGCCUUGUCAACAGCCGUCAAGAACGCCAUCAAGCCUAUCGCAUUGUCUGAGAUCUCGCAGGACAUGAACGCCCAAACGAACCUCGACUCAAUGUACUUCAGUGGCAAGGCACUGGCCAAGUUUGCUCAAAUUGUUUAUGUCAUCAAUGAUAUGCUCGGAGACAAGGCCUUGGCCCAGGCUGGCCUCAACAAGCUCAAGGCCGCCUUCGCUGUGUUUGCUACCAAUAAGCAAAAGUUCCCCCUGAUCUACGAGAGUGCCUGGGGCGGAGUCGUCUCCUCGGCGACAUACGUCAACCGUGAUCCAAUGGCCGACUUUGGUAACUCGUACUACAACGACCAUCAUUUCCACUACGGCUAUCACGUCCUCGCUGCCGCCUACAUUGGCUACCUUGAUAAGACUUGGCUCGCUCAGAACAAAGACUACGUCAACACACUCGUGCGUGAUUAUGCCAACCCAACCGUGCUGGAUACAUUCUUCCCGCCGCACCGCAGCUUCGACUGGUACCAUGGACACAGUUGGGCGCAUGGUCUUUUUCCUUCACUUGACGGUAAAAACCAGGAGUCUAGCUCUGAGGACAUCUCGGCCAUGUAUGCCAUCAAGAUGUGGGGAACCGUCAUCGGUGACACGAACAUGGUUGCCAGGGCCAACCUUCAAUUGUCUGUGAUGACGAGGAGUCUUCAGCAGUACUACCUUUACACAUCCGACAACACGGCCCAGCCGCCCAGCUUCAUUGGCAACAAGGUAGCAGGCAUUCUGUUCGAGAACAAGGUCCACCACACGACUUUCUUCGAUCCGAACAUUGAGGCCAUCCAAGGCAUUCACAUGAUUCCCAUACACGCGCCGUCAGGGCUCUCGCGGUCCAAGACCUUCAUCAAACAGGAAUGGGAUACCUACUUCAGCAACGGUCGCAUUGACAAGAUCAACAACGCCUGGAAGGGCAUCGCUUACGCCAACUACGCCAUCAUCGAGCCUGCCAAGGCGUAUGCCUUCUUCAACUCAUCAUCAUUCCAGCCUGCAUGGAUUGAUGGCGGAGCGUCAAGGACAUGGUACAUGGCGUACUCGGCUGCACUGGGUGGACUGUAG